UAAGCGCAUUGUAAUUGCGCACAGACAAAACUGUAUUUUAGAUAGUGAUUUAUCGCAAGCAACAAAGAUCCAAAUGGGCAUUUUCCAUAGCAAAAUUCAUUUAAAAAAAGUGAGUAUGAGUCAUCAAGAAAAAAUGCAAAAGUUAUCCCAACCGGACGACCAAAAUGGUAUUUUCACUGCCGGCUCUGGCCCAUCAAAUGUGGAAUCACCACCGAAAAUAUUUAAGUUGAGCAUCGAUUGUUUCGACGAAAUUUUUGAGUAUUUGAACUUAAAAGACUUGCAUUCAUUCGGUCAAACAUGCAAACGAAUGAACAAAGUGACCGGCGAAUAUUUCAAGCAGAAUUAUUCAGCGCUACAAAUAAUCAGCGGUCGUGAUGGUAUUCAUACGGAUUUUUCAAAUAACGAUGUCUUUGGUGAAACUUUCAAUAUUUUCGGAAAUUUCGAAAAAACCAAAAUAUCUGGCUUCAAUCAAUUCAUCACAACAAUAAAUGUCCAUUCUUAUCUUUCACCGUUGAGAAACAUUAAACCGUACAUUGAAGAAUUUGUCUCGAUCAACAGUGUUAGUAUAAACAAUACCACCAUAGCCCCUAUGUUCUUCAAUUGCUUCUCAAAAAUGCUCGCAAAAAUCGAAACUUUGGACAUUUAUUACUGCAAUUCGAAUGACAUCUACGAAGGUAUAUUGAAAUUUUGCAUAAAAUUAAAGAGACUGUACGUGACGAAUUCGGAGUUGGAUCAAAUCUACUGCGCACGAAAUGGAAAGUCUCGAUGGUUAUUUCAACGUUUUCCCAAACUUGAACAUUUUGAAUUGAUUCCAAAAAAUGAAUUGGUCAUUAAUGAGCUCAACUCCUUCCUUGAGCUCAAUAAAAGUAUCAGCACAUUUUCAACGAGCGCAAAUUGUUUGUGGCAUAAUCGACACGCAUUUCGAAAUUCGGAAAAGGCAUUGCACAUCUUGGAAGUGAAGUUCGUUCAUCCGAUCGGAAGUGAUGGACCAAGUAUGCAAUUGAUUUUCAAUCUAAUCAAUGAACUUUACGAUCAAGGAUUUUACAAAAGAUUACAUUUGUACGUAGCGAGUGUGGAUGAAGAAAUCAAUGUUUUGGCCGCUUCGACCAAGAAUCUCGAUAAAUUGUGCAUCAAAUUGUUCGACUAUGCCAAUCAAACACUCCCCGUGAGUGUAAAAGAGUUGGUGAUUUUGGAAUACAAUAAAGAAAUGACCAUUGCACAGUCAGCCAAUUACAUUGCAGUCAAUCCCAUGGAAAUGCUGGCGAAUGAACUAACUAAUUUGCAACGUCUUUAUAUGGUCAACGCAAGCUUUGAUGACAUCUUGCCAUUCAUUCGAAAAUCAACUCAGUUGAAAAAGAUCAAACUUUUACACAAAGAUGGAUUCGAUUCUAGAGUAGAUGCGCUUAAAUUACGAACAUUGAACCUGCAACGUGAACAAUUAUUUGGUGCCCGAAAAGUAACGAUUUAUGUACGAGAUAAGGUAUUCGAGAAAACGAAAUGGACAACCACCAACGGAGUCACAGAUUUAAGUUUGAUUGAAGUUAAAAGAAGCGACUCGUACGAAUGGAAACAACAUUUUUAAUUAUUAUUUCAAAAUAUUACAUAAAGAACUUAAUUUGAUUCUCUCAUAUUAAAUUGUAAUGGAUGAUUUUAAUUUUUUAUUGAAAUAAAAAUGUUUAUACUUCGAAUUAA